AUGUCAGUGGUGAACGCAGUGUCGUUCAUGGGGCCGCUCCAUAUGCGCUCUCCGGUGCCGCGGGGCCGCCGACACACGCUGCCGGCCAGCGAGUUCCGCUCCCUCAGCCCGGAGGAUGCCAUCAGCGUGUUCGAGAUUGAGAGAGAAGCCUUCAUCUCAGUGUCCGGUGAGUGUCCUCUCCACCUGGACGAGGUGCGUCACUUCCUCACCUUGUGCCCUGAGCUGUCUCUUGGCUGGUUCGAGGAGGGACGUCUGGUGGCUUUCGUCAUCGGCUCACUGUGGGACCAGGAGAGGCUUACCACGGAUGCCCUCACUCUCCAUAAGCCUCACGGGACCACCGUCCACAUCCGCGUCCUGGCUGUCCACCGGACCUUCCGCCAGCAGGGCAAAGGCUCCAUCCUGAUGUGGCGCUACCUGCAGUACCUCCGCUGCCUGCCCUACGUCCGCCGCGCCGUGCUCAUGUGCGAAGACUUUCUGGUUCCCUUCUACCGGAAGUCGGGUUUCAAGGUGAAGGGCCCCAGCGAGAUCACAGUGGGGCCCCUCGCCUUCAUCGAGAUGCGAUACCCAGUCAGGGGCCACGCCUUCAUGCGUCGGAACAGCGGUUGUUGAGGACAGGAGGACUAUCUCCCUGGCUUUCUAGCGGCAUUGGGACCAAUGCCCUCUUGGAAACAGAAUUUGGGGUUCGUCUGAGCAGCUUGGUGGUACGCCGGCGACCAGAGCAGUGUUCGUUGAGCGUCACUGUGGGUGAGACCUGCUCAUCAGGCAGCGAGGCGAGCUGAGACAGAGUCUGCGGACGGCCGGGAACAAAGAGCCGCCAUCCAGCUGUCAGCAACAGCUGUUUGGAAAAGUGGUCAGAAACUACAAAUAUAUUGAUCUGUAGUUUAAAAACAAAUCUUUAGAGCAAAGUACUGAAAGAAUGUAAGCACUUAUUUAAAAUGUACUUUUGUAUGAAACUCAUUGAUUUUGAAAAACUGAUUGUCGUAUUCAAUAGGACGCAGCUGCCUUGUUUCUCUCUUUUUCAUAUUUGUUAUUUAACCAAUCUAACAGUGUCUGGCUCUCUGUGAAGCCAAUUUGUUAGUCAAAAAAAAAAAUCAGUGUUACAGUAUUACUGUUUAUGUUACCCUUUGUGUCACUAUGAUGACGGUACGACUAUAAAGUAAUAUGCCAAAGUAAACCGCCAACCUUCAAGGA